AUGGCUUCAGCAGUCGAAGUUGCGCCCAAUGCCGCGUCUGAGGAUGGCGGCCAAGUUGCGCCUCCAAAGCCCCGGUCGCGCUGGGCACGGCCUGGCAUCUGGAGCGCCCUGAACAACACUGGCGCUGGAGGACAGCAGGAACCGUACCUCGUCAAUGGCGCCAACUCGCUGACUUUUGGUAUCAUGGCCUUUGGAUGCUCCAUCUUCUCCGUGAUCGCGAAUAAGGUCGGACUGGUCCCAGUCCUGAUCAUCGGUACCCUAGGAUAUGCUCCAUACUCAGCUUCGCUCUACGUCAACAACCGGUACGGUGUCGAGUGGUUCGUUCUCUUUGGCGGCGUGACCUGUGGAAUUGCUGCGUCGGCACUCUGGGCAUCUGAAGGAGCGAUCGCGCUCGGGUACGGCGGCAUCAAGGACAGGGGCAAGUACACAGGCAUCUGGCUGGGCCUGCGCGAGCUCGGGCAGCUCAUUGGGUCCUCGAUCCAGCUGUCGCUCAACACCACCAACGAGCAGCGCGGCAAGGUCGGCUACGACACGUACCUGAUCCUCAUCGCCCUGCAGUGCCUGGGCCUGCCGCUAGCCCUGCUCGUGUCGCCGCCGCACAAGGUCAUCCGCUCUGACGGCGUCCCCGUGCCCGACCCCACGAAGAAGAAGGCCAUCCAGGGCGAGACCAAGAAGAUGUGGAAGCUGCUCUGCUCCAAGCAGUUCUUCCUGCUCAUCCCCGUCCUCGUGGGCUUCAACUGGAACGGCACGUACCUCGGCAUCUACAUGACCAAGUACUUCUCCGUGCGCGCCAGGACCCUGGGCGCCCUGACUUCUGGCAUCGCCGCCACGCUGGCCAACAUCUUCUGGGGCUGGUUCCUCGACCAGAAGCGCUGGAGCUGUCCCACGCUCGCCAAGGGCACCUGGGCCUUCUUCUCCGUCUUUAUGCUGGCCCUGCUCAGCUGGCAGGUCUCCAACGAGAAGCUGUACUCGGAGGUGGUGCCCAAGAUCACCAUCGACUGGAGCAGCCCCGAGUUUGGCCGGGCCUUCGCCGUCCAGAUGCUGCUACGCUUCAUGAACGAGUCGCACUACAUGUUUGUCUACUGGCUCGUCGGCGCCUUCUUCGACGACCUCGAGACCCUGACCCUCGCCAUCGGCCAGCUGCGCUCGUUCGAGUCGAUCGGCUCGUGCAUCUCAUUUGGCAUCGGAGCCGCCAAGGUCCCGCCCAUGGCCAACCUCAUCGUCGCCUUUGUCAUGUUCUCCAUCACCAUUCCGGCCACCACCGGCGCCGUCUUCCUUGUGCCCGAGCACCCGGUCGACGCCGCCGCCGUCGAGGCCAGCGCCACCGCGGACAAGCACGGAAACGCCGACGCCGACGUCGAGUCGACCGACGACAACACCACGACUCUCGCUCAGCCGACCCAGAUCGCCAAGACCCUGAGCGUGGCGGACGGUACGAAGCAAGUAUAG